AUGGAUCCCGAAAAAAUUGAAUCUCCAGAAGAUACUAGACUUCCAAUUGCGGAUCAUGGUUUUGAUGAUAGUACGAAAGUACAAAUGGAAGCGACUGAUAAUGAGGAUGAAAAAAAUAAGGAAAAACAUAGGGAAUCAAUUGAUCGUAUUUUUGUUUCUCAAUACAUCAAUGAUACUGACAAUGAAGCUUAUGUUGUAACUUAUAGUAAAGAAAAUAAUUCAGUUCUUGGAUGGUAUGUUAAUAUUGAAAAGAAUAAGCAUAUUCAACCCAAAUCCGAUGUUUAUUUUCAGUUAGUAGAUCGACUCAAAAAGUCCUACUAUAUAAAGUCAUAUAUUCUAUGCAAGAAAAUUUUGUUAUUUUUUUAUUGGGGUGAGGAAGACGGUGAUAACUAUUGUCUUAUUGAUUUAAAUAGUAAUCCUCUUAGUAAUCGAUAUCUUGAACUAAAGUGUCCCUAUUCCCUUACUGAAUAUAACUAUGUACCUCCCAAGCAAGAUAUUGGAUUCCUUCCUAAUGGUGAUUUAAUUCAAGUAACAAUAAAAGAUCGCAAAAUUUGCAAGUUCUGUUUUACAAAUAAGCCAAAUAAAACAGUUUCUUGGGAAUAUUCUCAUAUUUAUGAUAUAGAAAUUCAUGACUUAUCGGGUUGUCUUAUAUGUCAAUCAAAGUUAUUUCUUUUUUUACGAAAUUCUGAAACGUUAAUACUUCAAUUUAAUUUAUCGACAAUGACCUUAGAUAACCAAUACAAUAUACUAGAUACUCAACCGUUGAGGUAUACUUUUCAAGCAAUUGCGAAUAAAAAUCAAACAUUAUGGGCGACAGAUAUUUUUUCAGGUAUUCGGAUAUUUUCAAUGGAAAGUGGGAUGAUAUAUUCACGUGAAAAUCUUUACUAUCACGAAGUUCCAGUAAAAUUCAUAACUUUAAAAUAUGGUUUGGAAGGAUUAAUAGUUAAGGUUUUAAAAGAAAAUAAAUAUAGGCUUAUCGAUCCUUAUCAGCCUUCUAAUGUAAUAGAUAUUACUGGUGAUAUUGGAAAUAUGAAUGAUUUUAAUAAGAAGAAUGUGAUAACUAAAUUAAAUAAAAAAGUUUCCAUUGACAAUAAUAAUAAUGUUUGUGUCACAGAUUGGUUAGAUGAAAGUAGAUUACAACAAUUAACAAACAUAUCGAACAAGAUUGACCAAGAUAGUAGUAUUUACUCUUUUUCUACUUUAAAAUUUAUUCAAGAAAUGCUUAAGGAUAUCAUCGAAAAGGGCAUUGAUAGGGUUAUACCAGAAGGUGGGGUUCGAAUAGAACAUGAGGUUAAUGAAAAGGAAUGGUUCCUAGAGAGAUAUGAGUAUGAGGAUCAUAUAAAAGUCAGUAAGCAUGGGGAUCGUGGUACAUCAUACAUUUUUAAUCUUAGGUCUUAUAUACUUUCAUUUAAAUUAUUAAAUAACCGGUAUUUGGUACUAAUUAAGGGGAGUGGAAUCAAUAUUUAUAACAUUGAAGAUAUGAGAUGUCAAUACAUUUGGAGUAAUAAUGAAUGGAAUGAUAUUAGAGAAAAAAUUGAAAAUAUUUUAUAUUUUGAACAAAUAGAUAAUAACGAUAUUAAACUAAUUAAUUACCACUUUAAAAAACUUCUAGAUAAUGAAUUUAAUGAUUAUAGAUCUUCAAUACCAUUAUCGAGUAUAAAAGAUUUAUAUAGUGAUAAUAUUAUAAAUGAUACAAUAGGAUUAUCAAAAUUUGGAUCAGAACUUUUGAAAUUAUGGAAUGAAAACGAUACUACUUUUGGAUGGGAGAAUAUUUUUAAACCAAUGGUUAUAAAAAUUAUAAACGAUAGAAAGUUAUUUAUAAAAUUUGGAUCAGAAAUAUUAAAAAUAACCAUUAAGAAAAAUUAUGAUGAUAUUGUUCAACAAAUUAUUGAUAAAAUUAUUGAAUCAAUUACAAGUAAUUCAGGAGAUUACAAAAACACAUUGUUGCCUUUUAUUAGUUUAAAUUUGCCUGAAUUAUGUCAAAACUGUUAUUCUGAUUUCUUAAUUAAAUAUAUGGCAUACACAUCUAUUAUGUUAUCUCCUAAUUGUAAUUCCAUUAGUAGUUCAAGAGAUACUUCACUUAACUCAUACUUAAAUAAUUGCAUUAUAAAAUCACAUCUGGGUAGUAAUUACUUUAAGUCUAUAUCUUCAUUAUAUGAUCGAUAUUUAAAUAAGUCACAGAAAGAAACCAGAACAAUCAGUCUCAUUGUUCCUUUUCCUCAAAUUUUUUGUGAAUACCAAGAUGACACCGAUACCACAAUACUAAAAAAAAUGAUUACAGGACUAAAAACAAUCAUGAUGGUACCAAAAAAGAAUAAUAUUUGGAAUGAAUUUUUAUAUAAACCAAAAAAGAUUCUUUUUUGUAAUAUAGAUAGUAAUAAUUUAUAUAAUUGGUGGAAUUUUGCUGCGAUCAUAGACUUUAAGUGGAAAACUUUUGGAUGGAUUUACUAUUCUUUUAUUUGGGUUAUCUAUACAAUUUUUUAUAUUUGCUAUACACUAGCUUCUACAGCAUUGUCCAUUGCUGAUUUUUAUCGUGGUUCACUUUACAAAAUUACAAUUAUAUUUGGCAUCAUACAAUUAUCUUUUGAAAUUCGACAGUGUCUAUGGAGACCAAAAAAAUAUUUCACUGAUCUAUGGAAUUUAUUUGAUGUAGGGGCUUAUUCAUUACCCGUUAUAAUAUCUCUUUAUUGGUUUAUCAGUAAAAAUCCACCCCAUUGGCUUAUGGCUAUAUCUUUUAUAUUAUUAAGUUUUAAAUUCUUAUUAUUUUUUAGAGUAUUUAGUUCGUUUGGAAAAUAUUUUGCCAUAAUAAUUGGUGUUGCCCAAACAGUUUUUCCAUUUUUGGUGGUCUUAUUUUUUAUUAUACUUGGAUUUGCUCAAGCAUUUUUUAUUAUUCUAAGAUCAAUUGAAGUUAAUGAUGAUAACGAUCCACAGAACCUUGUAACUAAAUAUGAUUUUGUUAAUUCAGAUGGAACUAUAAAUAAUAUAAUUCAACCUUCAGAUUCAAAUACAAAUUUGUUUAAUUGGUUUCCUACUUCACUUUUAGCUGUUUAUAAAAUGCUUACUGGUGAUUCUGGAUCUUUAUCAUCAUGGACUUUUCGUGAAAAUCCCACAAUGACAUUUUUAUUAGUUGCUUUUACAUUUUUCACUGUAAUCUAUCUUAUGAAUUUAUUUAUUGGAUUGCUUAACAUAGCAAUUGCUGAUUAUAACAAAGAAGAAGAAUUUUUACUUCAAAAAGCACAGAUUAUUGCAGAGAUUGAAUUAUUCUAUAUGUUACCAAGUCAGAGACGUGAUAACAAAGAAUGGUUUCCAGAUUGGAUUUAUUAUGAUAUGCCUGUUUCCGAAGUUCGUAAAUUAAUUAAUGCAAUUGAUAAUAAUAAGGCUGAUUUUAAUUAUCCUCCGUUUAUCAGUAAUGAGUUGAGAAGUUUAGUAGCAAUUAAGGAUAAAUAUAGGGAAGAAAAAUUGAAUGAAACAAAAAAUGAACUUAUAAAUGAACUCAAAAAACAUAUUCAAGAAGUAUUAGAAAAUAAUGCUAAAAAGGAUAAGGCUAAUGCUAACGAUGAAGUUGUUGAAAAAAAAGAAAAUGACGAUCAAAUUGAUGAAUGA